UCUAUCAAAACAUUUUCAAACUCAAAAUAUGAAAUUUUGAAAAUCCAAUGUUUUCCAGAAAGUGAGCUCAGUAAGCUCAGCCGUAGUCUACAAAAAAAAACUGUUCCAAUGUCUUUGUCACUUCAAACUGAUAAUAUUUUGGAAGUUCAGGUACAUCAAUUGCUUCAACAUGAGUUCUAAUCCUUGCAUUCGACCGAUGGGAAAGAAAAGACACCAAUGUCCUUAUCCAUUGUGCGAUAAAUUUUACAGCAAAAGUUCACAUUUAAAAGCACACAUGCGUGUACAUACAGGUGAGAAGCCGUACGUUUGCAAAUGGAAAGGAUGUCAUUGGCGUUUUGCUCGUUCCGACGAAUUAACUAGACACCGCCGCAAGCACACUGGCGAUCGGCCUUUCCACUGCAACCAUUGCUUACGAACAUUUUCUCGAUCUGAUCAUCUAUCGUUACAUUUAAAGCGUCAUUAA